AUGACUAAAAGCAAAAAAUGCGAUAUAUGUCGCAAAAAGUGCUCAGGAGACGCCUACAAAGCGAAUGACAAGUUCUAUCACACCAGCUGCUUUAAGUGCAAAAAAUGUGGUCGGGAUCUAGCCGAAUCGGGCUACUACACAACAACAGAACACGCGUUGCUGUGUCCCGAAGACUUUUUGGACGCUUCCAAGGAGCUUAAAGUCAAAACUUCUUCACAACAGCACGUCUCGUCCUCGAGUGCGACACCCAAGUCUCCGGAGAGAUCAAAUGGUACAACGGACGUGUCGUCGGCGACUGGAGCUGCGAAUGCCACACUGCAGCAAAUCUCGCCGCUUGGAUCUCCAACAACAUGUGCCGCUUGCGAUCAGGCUCUUCACACGGGUCAAGUACUUCUCGCGCUCGGUUUGUCGUGGCACGUGUACUGUUUCAAAUGCAGCGAAUGCUCGGCAGUUCUUCAUGGCGAGUACAUGUCACACGAGGGAAAACCGUUGUGUCUCAGAGACUACAAUGAGAAAUUUGGUGUCAAGUGUUACGAGUGUCAGAAGUUUAUUGCGGGAAAGGUGUUGCAGGCUGGUGGCUACAAAUUCCAUCCUACUUGCGCGCGUUGUUCACGAUGCGGUCGAAACUUUGGUGACGGUGAAGAGAUGUAUAUGCAAGGCGACGAGAUCUGGCAUCCGUCUUGUGAGCACUCGCGGACCACUGAAAAUAUUGCGACAACUGGCCGUGCUGCAACUCUUACAAGAAAUGAGCCAAAAUACCAGUCUGCCUUUGGACAGCAUCAGGCUUACAUGUACUUGUUGCCAGAAGUGGAACAAACCUACCUGAGACAUCCAGUCAUGAAUGCCAAGGAGCCAAAUGCACCACAGUUCCAUGUACCGCAGGGACCAAUCAAGAUUCGCAAGUCGAGACUGUCAAUGCUCAAAACUGGAAUGCAACGACUCACCGAGGACUUGGAGAAGAACAUCCCAAGACCAAAGUCGCCACAUAUGGACAAUGAGGAGCCAAUUGAGUUGGCUCACUAUCCAGCAGCGCAAGUGCCUGACCCAGAUAAGCUCCCAGCCAUCGAGCGAGAGGACUUCCCUGCUCCACCAUACCCGUACGCAGUCGAAGAGCUCAAGCGAAGACUUUCCACAUCUUCCAUCGAGAACGAGAUCUCCGACGACGAGUAUUCAGAGAGUGACAAGGUUGACGAGGACAAACUGCGGAAGACUGUCGAAACUCUGGAGAAGUACAAUGACUCUUCAAUCGCUCACGUCAUCAGGCAAAACAUUGAAGACAGUCACAAAAAGCAGAGACUGCCACUUCAUUGGGAUCCGAGAAACGCAAGCCGAACCCCAUCUGGCAAGAAAAUGCCACAUCUCAAAUUCCGUUACGAUGUGCCAAUUAAUGCAUCGCCAUCUCGUCAUCUCAAUCGUCCACGACCAUGGGUCAUUUGGCAAGGCGGCGAAAAGGACCACGGCAACAACACGCUUCCGUGCUUCCACAUUCCGGAAGAUCAGAGCAGAGCCAACACGCUGCGAGCGGCCACACUUCCGAUUGAGUUCGCCAACAUGUCGCUGGACAACUUGGACACCACAAUCAGCAGUCACUAUUCGGAUCAUUCCAUCACCGAAUCCGGAACCGCUGGAGGUCCUCGAUCUGCUGGUGGAGCUGCUCUUCGCUCUUCACUCCCCGACAUGAGCAAGCCGGCCAAGCAAUACGACCUACUCAUUCUCCAAACAACCAACUCCAACCUUCCGGAAGACACAACAUUUGGAACGACAUCUGCCACGCGAUCAUUCGAGGAUAUCUUCAAGAUGUCCUUAAUUGAAUUCUACAAGUUGCCCGAGUGGAAGAGGAUCAAUUUGAAGCGAAAGCACAAACUUUUCUAA